GCAAGUCAUAAACACAAAAAGGAUGGAUGACCAAAAAUUGCAGCUUAGAGGAAGUAAGAGGGGAUGAGUAACAUAAGGAAGGAACAAAGAGCAAGGGGAGAGAUAGAGCCCUCUAUAUACUGAUAUCAUAGAGAGAAGGCAUCUGGAUAGCUUCAGUCAAGGUUGAUGGUUCUCCCAGAAUCCUUCACUCUUUGCUCUCAUGCCAAACCAGGCACCGCUCUCCCUUUGGCUGCUGAUUGGUCUGACCAGCUGGUUGGUGAGUGGUCACCCACAGUGUCUGGACUACAAGCCCCCGUUUCAGCCAUCCAAACCAUUGACCUUCUGCUCAGCAUAUUCCUCCUUUGGCUGCUGCGACUCCGCUCAGGAUGCCGCCAUCGCCAGUCGGUUUGGCUACCUGUCAGAGUUCCUGGACCACACUGGGGUCAAUGUAUGCGGGCGCUAUAUUCAGGACAUCCUGUGUCAGGAAUGCUCCCCAUACGCCGCCCAUCUAUACGACGCGGAAGAUGCAAACACACCUCUCCGAGAACUCCCAGGUUUAUGCGGUAACUAUUGCAUCGAGUUCUGGUACCGCUGUCGGUCCAUGCUUGGCCUUAUUCUUGAAGAUAAGGAUGUAUCUGAGAUGGAAGGUGACAUCAGCAAAUUCUGCCGCUUCCUGACCCUGGAUGAUAAAAACUACUGUUACCCCAACGUUUUAACCAACGCGGAACUCAACAACGGUCUUGGUGAUAUGAGGGAGGACGAGGAGGGCUGUCUCCAGCUCUGCUUACAAGAAGUGGCCAAUGGGCUUCGUAAUCCAGUAGCUAUGGUUCAUGCCAACGACGGGACCCACCGCUUCUUCAUCGCUGAGCAGGUGGGCUUCAUUUGGGUGUACCUUCCAAAUGGGUCAAGAGUGGACAAACCUUUCUUAAAUGUCUCAAAAGCAGUGCUUACUUCCCCAUGGGCCGGAGAUGAAAGAGGCUUCCUUGGUGUUGCCAUGCACCCUGAUUUUCGGAAUAACGGAAAAUUCUACGUUUACUACUCAAUCUACGCCAAGAGGGAAGAGAAGAUAAGAAUUUCCGAGUUCCAUUUGUCAACAGAUAAUGUGAACAUGGCUGACCACAAAUCAGAACGGGUUAUUAUAGAAAUUACGGAGCCAGCUUCCAACCACAAUGGAGGACAGAUACUAUUUGGCACGGAUGGAUAUCUGUAUAUCUUUACUGGGGACGGCGGUAGAGCCGGAGAUCCAUUUGGAGAUUUCGGAAAUGCUCAAAACAAAUCUUCUCUCCUGGGUAAAAUUUUACGGAUCAAUGUGACUGGAAAUGAGCAGGGACCCCCAUACCGCAUUCCGCCUGACAAUCCCUUCCUUCGAGAGCGCGGAGCGCGGCCAGAGGUGUACGCCUAUGGAGCGAGGAACAUGUGGAGGUGCUCCGUGGACAGAGGAGAUGCUGUAACGGGGAAGGGAAGAGGCCGAGUCUUCUGCGGGGACGUGGGACAGAAUAAAUUUGAGGAAGUUGAUCUCAUCCACAAGGGAGGAAACUAUGGUUGGAGGGCGAAGGAAGGGUUCUCCUGUUAUGACAAGAAACUGUGUAACAACGCCACGCUCGAUGACAUCCUGCCCAUAUUUGCGUAUCCCCACACGGUUGGAAGGUCCGUCACCGGAGGAUAUAUCUAUCGAGGCUGUCAGAUGCCCAAUCUGAAUGGGAGAUAUAUCUUUGGAGACUUCAUGAGUGGGCGUCUGAUGUCCCUAAAGGAAGACAAGGAAGGGAAGCAAUGGACGUACACGGAGAUCUGCAUGGGACAAGCCAAAACAUGCAACUUCCCAAAACUUAUCAACAGCUACUUCCCCUACAUCAUAUCCUUUGGGGAGGAUGAGGCAGGUGAGCUGUAUUUCCUGGCCACGGGGACACCAAGUGCAGCUGUGGCUGCUGGAGCCAUGUACAAAAUAGUGGAUCCAUCAAAGAGAGCGCCACCUGGAAAAUGUCCUGUAAGUCCUCGUCCUGUCCCUGUUAAAGGAAAACUGGUGGAUUUUUAUCCAAGACAAAAGCUUAUCCUGAAAGCUGAGAGCAUCACAACAGGACCUCCGCCAUCACCCAGACCCGACCAGGGUGGACAUUCCUCUCAAUUCAACACAACUGUAAAACCUCACUUCACCACUCAGACUCCUACUUUCCAGAGGGCAACAAGUGCUCCUAUGUAUCAAACAGUCUCACAGCUUCCCAAACCCACCACUUCCAGAAGAGAUCUAUUGCAAAUAACAACAGUAAAAAUCACAACAACUGGGAGGAAAAACGAGACAAUCACAGCAACUCAUCGGAAGCCAACUUUGUCUUGGCAGGAUGAACUAAUGAAUUUAUUCACCACCAGGAGAAGGCCCUACACAACAGAAGCGCCACGUCUCAUUACCACAAUGAAAUCACCCCGGAGAACAGAAUUUGUGAGUCGGAAAAACGAAGGCAAGAAAUCUCAUGGUGCAAGACGAAGCAAGAAAAAAAUAGUGAGGAAGGAGAAGGUCAAAACUCUUAAAAGAAUCAAACACGGAACAGUUCGUUUGGUCAAUGAGGCGAAUCAACUUGAUCGGGGGAGGAUCGAGAUUCACAUCAAUGGGGAGUGGGGGACAAUCUGCAAUGAUAGGUUCGACAGCCAGGCCGGGUCUGUAGUCUGCCAGCAACUGGGGUACCCCUAUGUGUUGCAGGUAGCCAGGAAAUCAGAAUUUGGUGAAGGCAAAGGGCUUAGGAUUCUGCUGGAUGAGGUGAGAUGUGAGGGGUGGGAAAAAACCCUCUUGGAUUGUCGGAGGUCGAAGAUCGGAGAACAUGACUGUACCCAUGAAGAGGAUGUAGGAGUUGUGUGUGGGAUGGAGGAAAUAUAUGAUGAAGAAGAGGCUUCUUUGACAUAGGUUAUUCCAAUUUCCAUGAAGUCAGUGUGUCAGUUUGCACCUAUGUGUCACGUUUCAUUAUCCCAAAAUGAAACAGUGGGACUUGUAAGCCAAUCUGCCUGGAACAGUGGAAAUUAUAUUUAUAAAUAAGGAAGAGAUUUUCCGAGUGGAUGAGAUUAACUCCAAAAAUGGAAAAUGCCACCACUUGGUAAUCGGCCAUGGUGAAGGCUUUGUGAAAACUGGGGAAGUUUGAAAACAGAAAAUGGACUCACAAAUGGGGAAAUUCCAACAGGACAAAGUGCUACUCAGGUGACCGAGGGCAAUCCUCGAUAAAAUAAAUAAUGGUCCAAUUAUUUAUUAUUGCUCUUCCAUCAACCAUAAAACUGUCAUUUCCGUUAUCACAGCCGUUUAUUGAUAAGUGAAAUUAUCGUCCUCUGCUGAAAGGCA